AUGGGAGCAAUUGCAUCUGUUCUACAAUGGCAUUGCAGUUUUUGUAGUUUGAUCAAUCCGACUGAAAGAAAAAAAUGUAUACGUUGUGGUAAUUCUAGGCAGAAAUUUAACAAAUCGAAUUCACCGUUCAGCGAAACCACGUUAGAGAAUAACACGAGCCGCACAGUGAUUAGCCACAUCGAGUCCCCCAAAGAGGACCUAAUAAAAAGUGCUGUGAAUAACAUUGCCGCAGAUGAACGUGUCGUUCCUCUAAUCAACCUAUCGGUAAUUAACAAACCAUUAAAUCUUAUAAAAUUCAACAGUUUGCCGUCAUUGCAUUUCGCAUCCUUCUGCGAUACUUGCCAACUAGAUCUCUCUACGGCCUCGUCCAGAUGUGUUAUCUGUAAUUCGCUGUUAAAGACCAUGAACAUUGCAGAAUCCCCCUGCAAGAAUUGCUCUCUGAAUCCCAUUCAGAAUUUCGAUAUUUUAAAUUACAGUAAACCCUACAAAUGUAAAUGUCAAAGGAACAAAUCUCUGUCUCUAGUAAAAAGUCUUAGCUGUUCGGUGGCGCAAAAAACCUGUGAUUCCUCUAUCGAUGGUCAACAACAGAAAGACGUUAGAACUACUGCCAGCGGUAUAAAUAUCUCUUAUAAACCUAGUAAUUAUAUGUGGACCGUCAAAAGUCUGGUACCGACCAGUACUUGGACUUGCAAGCAAUGUACAUUGUUAAAUAGUGCUAAUUACACCGUGUGCGAGGCUUGCGAAUCACCGUAUUCUCCUGAUUUAAAUAGUAACAUAAAGCCUAGCGUCAUUAUUAAGGUGGAUAACUGGGCCGAUAAUGAAUCGCUUCACAGCCACAAACCGUUGUACAGGAGAUCUCUAUCCGAGCUGCCGUCUGCUUACAAUUGUCACGUACCCAACAUAAAUCGAAGGAGUCUCGAAGGCAGUCCCCUUCUCAGUGCUCUGCCCAGAUCCAGCACAUCGAUGACAGACAUCCAAUCAUCUCAACAUUCCCAGUUAUUCGACAAUUUAAACGGCAGAAGUUGCACCAGAGGUGCAUGUGAUACUACUAAUAAGGAUCAAAAUACACUUUAUACAUACAUAGAAAAUUCAUAUGCAGGAAUAUCAGAGCCGGACAAAGAGAAACAUUUUUACGAGAAUCAUAAUGUCAUUGACGCUCAAAAGAGGAACAUGGAAUUCGAUGCCGAGAAACACAAGAAAUUAAUACAGCUUAUGAAAGAUAAUAAUCCAACGAAAUCCAGUUGGUCUUUAAACGAGAGACGAUGGACUUGCCGUCAGUGUUCAUUCGCUUAUAACGGAUUUAGCGUAGAUAAAUGCGAAAUUUGCAAAAGUUGGAAGUCUCCACCGUCUUUGAAUCAACCCUAUACGGUUACCGUUACCGAAGACCGGAGGCUCAAUAGCCCCUCUCAAAACAGGGCUAUGAAUUGGAACGAUUCGAAGCUGCAAGUUCCAAUAGCAACGUUAGAUCAAGAUUUAGACGACGAUUUUCAAAUUCUACCAGGCGACGAGAGUCCGAUCGACGAGCAAAAAUGGACGUGCAAAAAGUGCACAUUGGUGAACAGCGAAAGCUCGUUGGUGUGCGAGGCGUGUUGCGGAUCGAAGCUCCGCUCCAUAUCCCUGAACCACGACAUGACCCUCAAGAAGGGCGAGUACUGGCCCUGUCCGAAAUGCACGCUCAAAAAUUCGCUGAACGCCUCGUCGUGCAAGGCCUGCAAGACGGAAAGGGCGGCGACGCCGUCGCGGAGCCCUUCCCCGCGGCACGGCAGAUCCAAGAGAAACGCGACCAAGACCAGCGCCAAUGCGAAAGUGCAAGGGCUCGUGCCGGUAACGAAAGCCGAUAAAGGACGCGUCAAUUUGCUCAAGAAUUGGAACGAAGAAUCGAACAGCGCGGAAUCGUACCAAUCGUGGCACUGCGUCGUUUGCACGUUCGAAAACACCAAGUCGUAUGUAAUCUGUGAUAUGUGCCAGAGGAUGCGCGACGACGUCAAUUCGCUCGGCGCCGCGCAGCCGAAGGAGCCGCCGCGGCUCUCCCAGCAGGAGAUGAGCAACAAACAUUGGAACUACAUCGUGAAAUAUUGCAAAUUGAAGAAGCAGAGCUACCUCGACGAGGACUUCCCGCCGAUGCCCAGCAGCCUGUACUACAAUCCCGCCGAAAUGAAGGAUUCGCACGUGGUGAAAUGGAAGAGACUGAGAGAUAUAGUUGUAGAAGAGGAUAAAGACUUGAUGUGGGCGGUGUUUAGGAAACCGCAACCGUCGGAUAUUUCCCAAGGGGUGUUGGGUAAUUGCUGGCUGUUAAGUGCACUUGCUGUAUUAGCGGAAAGAGAGGAUUUAGUUAGGGCUGUUUUGAUAACGAGAGAAUUUUGCCCCCAAGGCGUGUACCAGGUGAGGUUGUGCAAAGACGGCCAUUGGAUUACCGUUUUAGUCGAUGAUUAUUUCCCGUGUGAUAAAAGAGGGCAUUUGUUCUACUCGCAGGCUAAACGAAGACAAUUGUGGGUACCUUUGAUCGAAAAAGCAGUGGCUAAAAUCCAUGGUUGUUACGAGGCUCUAGUGUCGGGACGCGCCAUCGAAGGUUUGGCAACGUUGACCGGAGCUCCUUGCGAAAGUAUACCAUUACAAGCAUCUUCCAUGCCGGCGCCGGUCGAGGAGGAAUUGGACAUCGAUUUAAUUUGGGCUCAAUUGCUGUCAUCGAGACAGGCGAUGUUCUUGAUGGGAGCCUCGUGCGGCGGUGGGAACAUGAAAGUCGACGAAGUUGAAUACCAAUCCAAAGGUUUGAAGCCUAGACAUGCGUAUUCGCUGUUGGACGUUCGAGAUAUCAAAGGCUAUCGAUUACUCAAGCUUAGGAAUCCUUGGGGGCACUUCGUGUGGAAAGGAGACUGGUCGGACGAUUCCUGCUUGUGGACGUCGGAAUUGCGCCAGGAAUUACUGCCGGACGGAUCGCAGGACGGCACGUUUUGGAUAGCCUUUCCGGACGUUUUGAAAUACUUCGAUUGCAUCGACAUUUGCAAAGUGAGGAGCGGUUGGAAUGAAAUACGGCUGACCGGAAUACUGCCACCAUUAGCUAGCCAACAACAUUUGUCUUGUAUAUUUCUUACUAUAUUAGAGCCUACGGAAAUCGAUUUUACUUUAUUUCAGGAGGGUCAAAGAAAGUCUGAAAAAUCCCAACGAUCUCAGUUAGAUUUGUGCGUGGUUUUGUUCAAAGCGCGGGCCGGCUCGACCAUCGGCAAUUUGGUGGAGCACAGCAAGCGGCAGGUUAGAGGCUUCGUGGGGUGCAACAAAAUGCUCGAAGCCGGCGAGUACGUUGUGGUACCGCUGGCGUUCAACCACUGGCACACCGGCUUGGAGGACGUGAUGGCCUAUCCUAGGUACGUGCUGGCCAUACAUAGCUCGAAGAAAUUGUUGGCGGAAAACAUCCAACCGCCGAAUUACAUCCUCGCCGAUGCGAUAAUAUCGCUGACGCUCGCCAGAGGGCAGCGGCACGAGGGCAGGGAAGGAAUGACCGCGUACUAUUUGACCAAAGGUUGGGCGGGAUUGGUGGUGAUGGUCGAAAACCGACACGAGAAUAAAUGGAUACACGUAAAGUGCGACUGUCAGGAGAGCUACAACGUAGUGUCUACGAGAGGCACCCUUCGUACGGUGGACUCGGUGCCGCCGCUCACCCGUCAAGUGAUCAUCGUGCUGACACAGUUGGAGGGCAGCGGGGGCUUCUCGAUCGCCCAUCGGCUGACCCAUCGAUUGGCCAACUCGCAAGGGCUGCACGAUUGGGGCCCGGCCGGGUCGAUUCACGAUCCCGAAUUGGACCAUCAGACCACCGGAUUGCAUUCGCCUCGGUUGUUUUAG